AUGGAGAAAGCAGGUUUUCGGAACAGUGCUGCAGAUCCUUGUUUGUCUUAUCGCAAAUGCAAUGAAAAAAGACUUCAUGUAGCUAUUUACGUUGAUCACGACCUAAUUGUUGGCAGUAACGAAGAAGAAAUAACUGCAUUUCUGAACACUUUACAAUGUGAAUUUGAUAUAACAUUCGGGACUCUUGACAGUUUUCUUGAUAUAAAAAUAAAACAAAAUGAAAAUGGAGCAAUUAUGAUAAGUCAAGAAAAGUACACGAAAGAAAUACUGGAAAGAUUUCGAAUGGCAGAAUCUAACAUGAAUUCAACUCCCAUUGGAUAUGAAGAAAAUGAUCAGAAUGAAACAGAAGCAAUUUCGUCCUCCGUUCCCUACAGCGAGGCAAUUGGAUGUCUUAUGUAUCUCUCAAUAGCAACUCGUCCAGACAUACGUUUUGCAGUCAGUAAAGCUUCUCGAGCUAUGAGAAAACCAACUGCUUCAGACUGGAACCGAGUUCAACGCAUAUUUCGGUACCUGUAA